UUUUUGUGGUACCCAAUUAUGUCUGUGGAACCGGAAGCAUCGCAGACCCAGAACCCUUUGAACAAACGUAAACGGCAUUUGUGGACCCAUGAAGAAGAAUGUGGAGUCUUGCGUUCCUAUCGUUUUCACGAAGGGUACUCGGUUCCAGCGAACAAACGUGGGCAAAUGUGGGAAGACAUCUUCGAAGAAUCCAAAAAAGAUGGCGUGGACCUGAAUUCCCCACGGGCUGUACGUGAUCAUGUUACCAUAAUGAUCACCAAGUUCAAGAAGGACAAUCCGAACUGGGAAAAGUUAACGGGUGAUCCAGAGGAUGGAAACUUUACAGAAAAAGAAGUUCUCCUUCUGGAAAUCUGUCAACUGGAAAAGGAACAUGCGCGCGCACAAGAUAAAGAGAAAUCCGAAGCAGAUCAGCGAAGAGAUCGCCACGAACAGAAGCUGAUGUGUGCUGCCAAGAACAGCCGUAAAAAAAGAAAACUACAAGAACAAGAGAAAGACGAGGAGCCCAACACCGAUGACGAAUACAAUGCGGGAACGAGCCUACAAAAACCAACGGGAUCAGCGUUGAAGCCUACAAAGGGUAGGAAAAACUGGCAGUCAGCAAUAGCGGGCUAUUUUUCGGACAAGCGCGAAGAGAAGCUAGCUGAUCGCAAAUUGGAGGAGAGCAAACUGGAAAUCGAACGCGAAAAGCUUCGCCUGGAAGAGAAAAGACUCGAACUGGAGACGCGAAAACUGGAUCAGGCAGCACGAGACCGAGAAGCGCUGUACGAAAACAACCGCAUGCUUGGGCAAAUGGUCACGCGUUUCACGGAGAAAAAUACUGGGUAAAAGCACAGCUACAAUUUUGGGCA